UUUAAAACCAAUCUUAUACCCGACUCACAUUGGUUUGAUUAUUGUCCCUCGGAAAAAAAUGAAGCCAAGAAAAAGUCGACGCUCGCAUCAAAAGGUUUGACCUCUAGGAGACAACUCGCUAAUGGUGCCUCUCAUAUCCAACCACAAAAACCUUCAACCUCUGCCACUUCAACCAAGCCUGUGUCCGAUUUGGGAAGCAACCUUUUGCUUGAGGCGUCAGUUGAUCAAUCAAAGAAGACCUCGGUUGCCACAACUGGAAGUGCUCUAGGUUCCGGAAGCAAUGUCACAUUUGGCGACCAGGCGAGAAAAAAGCCUGCAACUCCUAUCACAUCAACGGAACUCGCGGCAGGCUCUGGAAGCAAGUUUUCAUUUGGGUCACUUGAUGAUCGAGCAAAAAAUCCUUCAACUUCUAUAGCUUCGACUGAACUCGCGCUCAAUUCUGGAAGCAAGUUUUCAUUUGGGACACCCGAUGAUCGAACGAAAAAGCCUUCGACUUCUAUUGUUCCGACCGAACUCGCGUCCGAUUCUGGAAGCAAAUUUUCAUCUGGGACACCCGAUGAUCAAACGAAGAAGCCUUCAACUUCUACCGCUUUGAAGGAACUCGCGCUCGGUUCUGGAAGCAAGUUUUCAUUUGGGACAUCUGGCGGUCCAAUGGAAAAGUCUUCAGCCUCUGUUGCAUCAACGGAACCCACGCCUAAUUUUGGAAAUAAGUUUUCGUUUGGGACGCCUGGUAAUCAAACAAAUUUUGGAAACAAGUUUUCAUUUAAACCCGAGGAUCAAACAAAAAAUCUUUCAACCCUUACCGCUUCAACAGAACUUGCGUCCGACCUGGAAAGCAAAAUUUCACCUGGAACACCUGAUGGCCAAAUAAAAAAGCCUUUGGUUCCAGUCACUUCGGCAGAACCUGCGUCAAAUUUGGAAAAUAAAUUUUCAUUUGGCGAUCCAGCAAAAAAUAAAUUGAAUUUUGAUGCUAAGACCAAACCU